GGAGGCCCCCUGCCUCCCGAGCGAGACCGACGUCGACUACGUCUCCAAGGAGAACAUCGCAGAGAGGACCGGGGUGAAGGACGCAGAGGCCUGCCGCACGUCCUGCGAGCGCGAGCCGCGCUGCGGGGCUUGGACGUGGGGGACGGAGGACGGCCCGAGCGCCAUGGUGCAGAUCUGCUUCCUGAAGCCGCAGGACCCAGAGACGUGGCGAUACCCUCAGGCGGGCGUCGUGUCCGGCCGACCGUGCCGCAGCAUCCAGGCGAGCCCCGCGCUGGACGCGCGGCAGCUCCGGAGGGGUGCGCGAAGCGGCGGAGGGGUCGCCGCGCAGCUCGACGGCUUCGGGCCCAACGCCCGCAAGGACUCGGGUGAUGGUGGGGGCCGCCUGGGAGACCGCGUUGCGUCAGCGGUGCAGCAGGGCUGAUGGCCCCCGGCCUCACAGGCCAGUAAGGAGGAGGAGGAGGAGGAGGGAGGGAAGUUGUUGUUCGUUCACCGUCUCAGAUCGGUCUCUGUCCGCAAGUGCCUUGCCAUCAGUUGAUCGAGCGUUUCAUUGGCCAAAGAAUGCCUCAUUUUCGCGUAGAGCACGCGGUCCGUGCAUGUUUGUGCAGAGCAUUGGUUCGCUGCGAAUUUAUGUUGAAGGAUAUUUCGUUUUCAAGCGACCGUGCUAAUUACUCACGCUCGAUGCCCAUAUUUAUUUGUUUUGCAUCGGCGCGUCCCCCAUCCCCUCUUUCCCAGCUCCCUUGUAUUUGCUCCUUCGCUUCCCCCUCCGUCCUCCUGCUCCCAGUGUGGGCGCCCCGCCGUCGCGGCGCGCGGUGCCACACGCAGAAUCUGCAUGACUACUGUCCUUUGGCCGCGGGCGCGGCCCGCGAGGCAAGAACGCCCCCUUUGAACGCCCUUUGAAGCAGUCCGGUGCACGCGGCGGUCGUUGCCGAGAAUUGGCGUGGGCAGGAUCGCGUUUCCUGAUCCGUCCUGCUGCUAGGGACGGUCGAGGGUAAGGGGAGGACAAAGGUGCCGAUGCCGCUGCCCUUUCCUCGUUCUCGCCCUCUUGGGCCUCUUGGGAGGCCCCUGUCGCCA